UAUUCUAUGUCUAAACAUGCUCUAGUAGCCUAUACUGAUACAUUACGUCAAGAAAUGAAGAAAUGGGGUGUACAUGUUAGUUUAAUAGAACCCACAGGAUUUUAUACAGGUAACAUGCAGGAACAUUCUUUUAGAAGUCGACAAAAUGAAGUCUGGGAUUCAUUAGAUGAAUUAACCAAGGAGACAUAUGGAAGAGAAUAUCUGGAACAUACAUAUACCCAUAUAAUUAAUGCUACCCCACGCUACCCUCGUGACCUGACACCAGUUAUACGCUGUAUGCGUAGUAGUUUAUUAUCUAAAAAACCACGAGAGCGCUACCCAUGUGGCACAGGAGCCGAAUUUGUAAUGACUUUUUACCCAUUAUUACCAAUGUGGCUAGCUGAUAGAUUUUCAGCGGCUAUUUCAAUUCUGCCA